GGAUUAAAAAAAAAGCCUCCUGAACUCAUGGCUCUGCCUAGUCUUCUUUGUCCUUGUCUUACACCCCUUUUUGCUGAUUCUUUCACUUGUAAAUAUUGUAUGGCCGGCCUUCCCCUUCUGUAUUUAUUUUUGAAAACCUAACCGAAAACUAAUCUGGUAUGAGUUGAAAGUUAAAUAUCAGAUUAUAGAAAAUCCGAGGCACACAAAGAAAAAAACCCAAAGCUUGGACUUGGGACAACCCCACUUUAAAAUAGUGUGUGUAUAUAUAUAUUUAUACACCUUAGUUCUUUCAUGUUUUCUAUAGCUAUUCUGAUAUGGGGCUCCUUAGCUUUACUUUGUUGAUCCUUGGUUUGUUUCAGCUUGUUUCUGCACAACAAAACACUGAUCCAAAUGAAGUGGCUGCCCUUAGAACGCUCAUAAAUUACUGGAACUUGGGAAGUAAGAUAAAUCUAACCAUUGACCCUUGCAACCAAAAUGCAUCAUGGACCUCUGAGGAUUCAAAUCCUCGUGUUGCUUGUGACUGCUCCAGCAAUAUUUGUCACAUCACUCAUUUGAAGAUUUAUGCUUUGGAUAUCAAAGGUGAGAUACCCAAAGAACUGUUUGAGCUUAAGGAGCUGAUGGACUUGAACCUCGGUCAGAACGUGUUAAACGGUUCCAUUCCGGCUGAAAUCGGACAACUAUCGAAGAUGCAAUACCUAAGCUUAGGCAUAAACAAUCUAACAGGUGCAGUGCCCCCAGAGCUUGGCAAUUUAAGCCAAUUACAUUCCCUGAGUUUUAGCUCCAACAACUUCUUUGGACCAUUACCCAAAGAGCUUGGAAAUUUGACAUCGUUGCAACAGCUGUAUAUUGAUAGCAGUGGAGUGAGUGGAUCAAUACCUGAAGAGUUUGCAAAUUUGAAAUCCCUUCAGAUUCUCUGGGCUUCUGAUAAUCGUUUAACUGGGAAACUGCCUGAAUAUUUUGGUACCUUCACAGAAUUCAGAGACAUGCGACUUCAAGGAACAUCUGUUGAAGGUCCGAUCCCGAGCAGCUUUUCGGCUCUAACGAAAUUGGAAGAUCUGAGAAUUGGUGAUCUAAGAGGGGAAGCUUCAUCUCUUGAUUUUUUGGAUAGCCAAACAAGUUUGUCCACACUAUCUUUGAGAAAUUGUCAACUGUCGGGACAAAUUCCAGAACGUAUUGGCAAAUUCACCAACUUGAAAUACCUGGACCUUAGUUUCAACAAGUUGACAGGCCAAAUACCUACCUCUUUCCGGGGAUUCUCUUCAUUGCAGUUCUUGUAUCUUGGAAACAACAACUUGAGUGGGGAGUUGCCUGAAGACAUUAUAACUCCAGAGCUCAUUGCACUAGAUGUUUCAUUCAAUCCCCUUUCCGGAAAUUUACCAACACAAUUCGCUAAGACGAAAUCAAUCAAUGUUGUUGGAACCUCUAUCAAUGCAAAUGGAUUACAGGACAACAAGGUUUCUGGGAUGUUGAACUGCAUCCAAGGCAAAACCAAGUGCAAAAACAAGGGCUCAUCCACUUCAUUUUCUAUCAAGUGUGGAGGCACUGCUCAAAAGUCUGCAUCUGGAAUUGAAUUUGACGACGACUCCGAAGCACUCGGAGCUGCCGCAUUGUAUACAAGCACGGACGAACAAUGGGCAGUAAGCAAUGCUGGAAAUUUCAUUUCGAACCCAAAGGGAAAUAGAUAUGUUGCAAUGACAGAUUCUCAGAUAACAGAAACUUUAGAAUCAGAGCUGUAUAAGACCUCAAGGAUCUCACCUAGUUCCUUGAGGUACUAUGGCCUUAAUCUAAAGAAUGGAAAAUACAGUGUUGAGCUUCAUUUUGCAGAGAUAGAAAUGGAGGACUCUUCGUCCUGGAACGGUCUUGGGAGACGCUUAUUUGAUGUUUACAUUCAGGGUGAGAAAGUUCUUGAAGAUUUCAAUAUCCAAAAAGAGGCUGGUGGAUCCAAAAAAGCCUUGGUAAAAACAUUUGAGGCAAAUGUGACCAACGCAAUCAUGGAAAUUCACUUCUUCUGGGCAGGAAAAGGCACUUGCUGUAUUCCAUAUCAAAGCACAUAUGGUCCCUUAGUAUCAGCAAUCCAUGCAUCUCAAGUAUCUGAAGCUGCGGAUGCCUCUUCAAGCCGCAAACAUGUUGGACGAAUAGCCGGAAUAGUAAUCGGAGCUGUCGCCGGUGUUGUGAUACUGUCUUCUGUAUUCUACUUAUGGUGGAAGAAGGAUCCACAGGGUCAUAUGAGAAUUUUCACAGACUCACCAAGGAAACCAUUAAAAUAGUUCCAUUGUAUACAUAAAUGAACCAUGUCCGUAUACAUAUAUGGACGGUUGAAAACUAUAAUGUAAAGGCAUUUUGCUUGAUGUGGGUAUCUCAAGGUGGGAUCAUAUAUUAAAUUAUGUAAUCGCUAUCUUUCGCUUGCUUAGCCCCACUAUUGUGUAAUUUUAUGAAUAAAAAGUUGGGGUUUCUAGUGGCUUUCGCAUUA